UUUUCUUUAACAGUCAACAACCCAAGGCUGCAGAGAACGGCGGCGCGGUGGUGAUUACUAGGCGGCAUCUCUUGAACAUUUUUAAAAUUAUUGGAGUGUGUGGGUUGUGUGGUAGCCUCAUUUUGAUUAAAAAACGUUUGACAGUGACUGUGAGAAGUGCAAGGAGGAGGUAACACGUCGCUGCAGAGGGACAGCAUGUGAAAGGAAGAUCUGAAUGAAUUGAGCAUCUUUGGUCUUGUGGCAAGUCAGAAGGUAAAGCAAUAUUUGGACACUCAGGCAUCUACUCCUGCAUUAUCAUACCAGUCCUGCAGGUGCAUGGCACACCCACUCAAGACAGACAGACCAGCACACCAGCCCUGCAUGACCAGAAAGAUGAGGUGGUGGUGGCUAAGAGACAUUUUACUUCUAUACACAAACAGACCAAAAGGAGGACACUCUUUUCUGGAGAGAAGAAACUUGAGUGUAAGGAACAUGGAAAGAUGAAAUCGAGCUUUAUAUUGGUCAUCAGCUGACAUGUACAGAAAUGCUCACAAGUGGCCUCUGUAACCUCACUCUUUCCAAGAGACUGGACUGAAUCCUGGGACCACACACUUCACAGGGAGGAUAUCUAAGUUCAUGCAAAGGAAAAAUAUGAAGGCACAAGAGUGUAAGAAAUGAGGUUGAUUGCUCCUACACACCAAGCUACAACAAAGAACUUAGAUGAGGUUGAUGUACUCAACAGAUAUGAACAAUAAAAAAUAAAGGCUGGGCAAGUCUAGAAACAUCAGAUGAAACUGGUAGAAACUGGAGAGAGAGGUGGAUCCCAAAACUAGGACCUAUCACUACCUCUUUGUGACACUUUGCUUCUUCUGGGAGUGUCCACCCAAUGAGGCAGCCACAGCAGAAGAGCAUCCAUGUCUCCCUAUCCAAAUAUUCACUUCUUGAAAGCCUUGAUUAACAUUUCUUUUCCCAAUAUUCUUCCGUCUUGCAAGUGGCCUUCCUCAACUUUACUCUCAUGUAGUUUCUCUGAAAACUCUUCUCUCUUCAAACUCUCAUCCAUAAUUAGUAUGGCAGAGUCAACACCAUGCAAACAAUUAUUUGUAUUGUGAUAUUAUGUCACAGGACUUCCUGCUCACUGACCAGUGUUAUGAACUGAGACCAAAGUAUGAAGAGCCUUUCCUUAAGUCCAGGAGAUAGAAAGCAGAUUGAAAGAAAAUGUUGAGUUAACCUGCUUGGCCUUCUGAGUGUGACCCUUCAUGUAAUUUAGUUUUAUUUCGAUAUGAAUCAAUUUAUGGAUGAUAAAUUUUUUCUGUAAAAUUUGUGCAAAUUUUCAAAAACAACACUGUGUAGCACUUUGGUUUACUUUGUGUUUUCACUUUGAUUUUUUUUUUUUCUCCCAUUAUCAUCCUUGUGCAUUCACCAUGGCACCCAGGAAGAACAGUGCAGCAAGUAGGUGUAAGAGGAAGACUGUGAGAGCGACAAUUGAGUUUAAGAAAAAACUUAUUGCUAAGCAUGAGAGUGGUUUGCGUGUGUCUGACCUCGCUGCCAUGUUUCAGAUGCCAAAAUCGACUGUGUGUACAAUUCUGAAAAAUAAAGAAGCGAUAAAGGCAGCUGAUGUUGCGAAAGGUGUUAAGACUCUGACUUCUCAAAGAUCAAAGUUUAUAGAGGAGAUGGAAAAAGUUCUCUUAGUGUGGAUACACGAAAAACAGUUGCUUGGUGAUCAUAUCUCUGAGGUUAUAAUUUGUGAGAAAGCCAAGCUCCUGCAUGCCAAGUUUAAAAGAGACAUGCCCGGAAGUAGUGCUGACAGCGAAGAGUUUAAGGCUAGCAGGGGAUGGUUCGAAAACUUCAAGAAAAGAACUGGGAUCCACACUGUUAUACAUAGAAGGGUUGCUGGUUCGAAUGUGAAUGCAGCGACAAGUGUUAAACGUAGAGACGUUGCUGAUUUCAGUGUGGAUGCAGCAAGUCUUAUACAUAGAGAGGUUGCUGGUUCAAAUGUGGAUGCAGCAACAAGUGUCAUAGAUAGAGAGGUUGCUGGUUCGAAUGUGGAUGCAGCAACAAGUGUUAUACAUAGAGAGGUUGCUGGUUUGAAUGUAGAUGCAGCAACAAAGUUUGUGUUGAAUGUGGAUGCAUCAGCAAAGUUUGUGUCGAAUGUGGAUGCAUCAGCAAAGUUUGUGUCGAAUGUGGAUGCAGCAGCAAAGUUUGUGAAGAAAUUUAGUGAGUUUGUGAACACAGGGGGGUAUGUGGCACAACAAGUGUUCAAAUGUGAUGAGACAGGCCUCUUCUGGAAAAAGAUGCCAAGCAGGACCUACAUAACUAAAGAAGAGAAAUCUUUACCAGGGCAUAAGCCAAUAAAAGACAGGCUUACUCUCUUGUUAUGUGGUAAUGCUAGUGGAGAUUGCAAGAUAAAGCCUUUGCUUGUGUACCACUCAGAGAAUCCACGUGUAUUUAAAAAGAAUAAUGUUAUGAAGAGCAAACUUAAUGUUAUGUGGAGGGCGAACAUAAAAGCUCGGGUUACCAGGCAGUUCUUCACCGAGUGGAUUCAUGAGGAGUUUGCUCCAUCUGUGAAGAUUUAUCUUGAGGAAAACAACUUACCCCUGAAGGCUCUUCUUGUGAUGGACAACACUCCUGCUCAUCCUCCAGGCUUGGAAGAUAAUUUGGUGGGUGAAUACAACUUCAUCAAGGUGAUGUUCUUGUCCCCCAAUACCAAUCCUCUCAUCCAGCCCAUGCACCAGCAAGUCAUCUCAAAUUUUAAAAAACUGUACACCAAGGCCAUGUUCCAGAGAUGUUUUGAAGUGACAAACGAGACCGAACUGACCCUAAGAGAGUUUUGGAAGGAUCAUUAUAAUAUCCUCCAUUGCCUAAGAAUCAUAGACAAAGCAUGGAGGGAAGUGUCUCCGAGGACAAUGAACUAUGCUUGGAAAAAACUCUGGCCUGAAUGUGUUACAGGCAGAGACUCUGAAAGCUUUGAGGAACUGCCAGUUGUGCCUGCUAUUGUGUGUCUGGGCAGGGCCAUGGGCUUGGAGGUGAGUGAAAAUGAUGUGGAGGAGUUAGUGGAGGAUCACAAGAAUGAACUCACCAAAGAAGAACUUCAGGACCUCCUCAAGAUGCAGCAAGAGGAAGUGGCACAGGAAAUUUCUUUAGAGGAAGAAGGUAAUAGGAACAUUACUAGUGCUGAAAUCAAGGAACUGUGCUUCCUGUGGUCUAAAACACAGGCCAUUGUUGAAAAGUGGCACCCUAACAAGGCAGUGGUGAACAAGAGCAUAAACUUGUUCAAUGACAAUGUGAUUGAUUACUUCAGAAAAAUUCAGAAGUAGUCACCAACACACAACUUUGGAAAGGUUGUUCUCUAAAGAAAGCCAGUCCAGUGACCCCAGCCCUCUACAGAUCUUACUGUUAUGAGAAUGAAGAAGCAAAGAAAGCAAACACCAGAAGCACAGUCACCUGAUGUUUUAUGGAAGGUGACUAACCUCAAAGCAGUAAACCCUCCCCCUCCCUCCUCUCCAAUUUAGAAGUGCACCUUCACUAAGGUAAAUGAUGCCAUUUUUUCUUGCAUCAAUAAUUGAUCACUGAUUGAUGGAAAAUGUAACAAAAUACACAAUGCUCUACUGUUGGCCACUUCCAAUAUCACUUCUGUCCAAAAAAUCACAAAUACAGAUUUAUGGAACAAAUUUUACACAAAUAUGCAGCUUUGCUUUUGUGAAAGUACUCUGCAGAUCAAACCUAUCAAACCUACUGACAAACAGCCUAAUAUGCAACCAUAAUGACAUUUAAAAGUUCUACAAAUACAAGUCUAUAAAAAGAUUGUCUGUAUUUUCCUUAUGAUUUCUAGCUCUCCAUAUAUAUAAAUAAUUGAGUUGUGACACUCAGGAUAUUUUAUUGGUCUGUAAUACUAAAUAAAUCAGUCAAUUGUUGUUCUGUGAUAAGGUGACAGGCCUGACCCAUACUAAAGUUAAUGAAAGAAGCACAUCACUA